AUGAAUUUGUCUAGUGUUCAUCUUCUUGAUUUACCUAAUGAAAUGUUAUUUAAUAUUUUAAAGAAACUUGAAAAUGUUGAUGUUCUUUAUUCAUUUUUUGGCAUUAAUAAUGAACGACUUGAGAAAAUAAUAGAAGAUGAGUUUUUUUCUAAUAGUCUUAAUAUUGCAUCAAUUACUGAAAAUAGUACAAUAAUUGAUUCAAUACUUGAUCGAUUCUGUGAUUAUAUAUUACCUCGAAUUUAUUUCAAUGUGAAAUGUUUCAUUGUUGAACCAGAAUUCAUGGAACGCAUUCUUCUUGCUACUCCUUAUCCAAAUCUGACUGAAUUAAAACUUUUUAAUUUUCAACGUGAUAGUUCAUUACAUUAUUUCACAGACAAUUCAUUGCUUGAACAUAUUCUCAAAGAACAAAUUACAAAACUUGAUCUUAUUCAUAAAGAUGAUGGGUAUGAGAUAAUAUCAUCGAAAGUUUAUACAAAAACAGUCUUGUCAAUUCGUUAUUUACCAUCAAAUACUUUUUCUUCUUCAACUCUUACUUAUUUAUGUAUUAAUGUGCAAACUUUUACUGAUUUUGUUUGUUUACUUGAUGGUCAUCUCAAACAGUUGAGUACAUUGAUUGUUCAAUUUUAUCAAAUGGAUACAGAUUCAUCAGUUGUUCAUAAUUUAGAUGAUAUACCUAAUCUAAAGUGUUUUUCAUUAAUACAUUAUGGUUUAAUUGAAGAAUGUGAUAAUAAAAUUGUAUCUCAUCUUCGUCGUAUGAUAAACUUGGAAAAAUUAACUUUGUAUUUGCGUCUCGUUUUCGAACGUAUAUUCAUUGAUCCAAUUUAUCUCAUAAAUGAAUUUUCAAUGCAUAUGUCACGACUUCAUUCAUUCAAGUUUUAUAUUAGUACAAAGAAUAACAGAAAUGAUUUAGUUCGUUAUUUGUCCAAUAAUGAUAUUAAACAAAAUUAUGUGAACAUAGGAUAUCAAGAAGUAUCGAAUAUUGUUCAAUUUGUUGCUAACACAGUUACAUAUCAUGUCUUUACACUUCCUUUCCAGUUUUCCCAGCUCAUAUAUAUUGGAAAUAUAUUUCCAAAUAUUUUAUUCACUCAUGUCAUCGACUUAUGUGUACAUGAUGAGUUUCCAUUUGAACAUGAAUUCUUUCUACGAAUAAGUAAAGCUUUUCCAAAGCUUAAAAGGUUCUGUGUAAUGAAUAGUAGACCACUAUCAUAUGAUGUGGAGAAAUUAUCUGACAACACUGUUCAACCAUAUAAAAUCGUUGAAUAUCCUCAUCUUACUUUCCUUGAUAUUUCAUGGGCAAAUGGUUAUUACGUCGAACAGUUUCUAAAUGAAACCAAAACACAUCUACCUCGUCUGUCCAAAUUACGGGUUCGAUAUGAGGAAUUAAGAAUUAUUACAAAAGAUUUUACACGAGAAAUAACACGACGUAAUUGUGCUAAUGUAACACGAUUAAUUAUUGAAAGAACAAUUGUCGGUUCGAAAGACUAUUACAUUUAUUUUCCUUUAUUGUAG